AUGCGUCCAACCAAGACUACAUAUCGCAGUCGCCUAACCAAGCGUCCUCGACGUCUAGGCCAAGAACAGCUUUCCGAGGAGGAGAUCCGGGCCGGUGAGAUCGAGGCCAGCCAGACCGUCCAGAUGGCCGUCGUCGGCGGCAUCCUUCUCUACCUGUCCCCCUUCGCCAUCGACUUCGCCCGCAAGUUCCUCUAA